UUAGCUGUGUUUAUAAGUCAAAACAAUGUGGACCAAAUGUGGACAUUGUGAUUGUAUUUAAUUUUUGGUUAUUCUCCUCAAAAUAUGAAAAUGGGCUUGACAAAGCAAUAUUUGCGUUAUGUUCCUAGUGGAACGUUUAAUGUGGUCGCUAGUUCUGAUUGCAACAGCACACAUGUAGCUUUAAAUGGUAUUUCUGGAAGAUAUAUAGCAGUUGGAGCAUGUGAGCAUGUUAUUAUUUGGGAUAUGCGAUUAGGGGAAAAGGCUCAAGUUAUAACUGGUGAAAAAGAAAUGGUAACUCAAAUUGCAGCAAGUCCAACUGGUAAUCAUAUGGCUGUGGGCUACAAUGAUGGUAAUAUUAAUGUGUAUGACUUGACAAAUAAUGAAUUGGUUUGUGUGUUUGCGGGACACAAAUCAGCUGUAACAUGCCUUCAAUAUGAUGAACAAGGACAUAGAAUAGUUUCUGGUUCAAAAGAUACUGAAGUGAUAUUAUGGGAUGUGGUAGCAGAGACUGGUAUAGCAAGAUUCAGUGGGCACAAGGGUGAUAUAACUAGUGCCCUGUUCAUAAAUGGCAAAAAUUGUAUUGUCAGUUCUUCUAAAGACACAUUUGUAAAAUUCUGGGAUAUUGAAACAAAGCAUUGCUUCAAAACACUUGGUGGACAUCAGAUGGAGGUAUGGUCUGCGGUUCUUAUUAAAGAAGAAAGGUAUCUUGUAACGGGUACAAUGGAUCAACAGUUAAGAGUGUGGAAACUUGUGUGGACUGAUAAAGUGAAGGAAGAGGAUAAGAUCACUCAGCAACUGGAGAUUGUUAAACUAGAGGAUAGUGACUCUACUGAAGACAGUUCUGUAUUACAAUGUCAUCAAGUGGGUACACUAGUGCGAGGGGGCAAAGGUCGUGUUGUCAGUCUCGCAACAGACCUCGGGCAAACGGUACUGGCAUGUUUUGGAACAGAUUCACUAUUAGAAUUGUUUGCAUUUUGUACGGACGAUGAAGCUAAGGCGCGUAUGACAAAGCGAAUAAAGAAGCAACGAAAAAAACUUGCGAAACAAGCAGAAGCCCAAGAAGAGUCUGAUGACAUAAUAGAAGUGUCUGAAAUAUUAACAUUGUCUGAUGAAGUAAAAAGGUUACCAUCUAUGAAACUAUCCGCCAAAUUGAAGUCAACAACGCUACUGCUAGGAUUGAGUGGCGAAUUGCGAGUAGGUGCAACUCUAGCUACUAAUUGUGUUGAACUGCACAGUUUGGAUAUCAAUGGUGGAAAUGAAGUAAAAUGCCUGAAACAAAUCACGUUACCUGGUCAUCAAAAAGAGCCCAGAUGUGUAGCAAUGAGUUCAGAUAACCUAGCUAUACUAUCGGCUUCUGCUGAUUCCAUCAAAUUAUGGAAUAGAAAUAGCCAAUCCUGCCUCCGCACAGUACCCGUACCGUGCGGCAGACCGGCCUGCGCAUGCUUCGCCCCCGGCGACCGUCAUGCUCUGGUGGGCUGUGUGGAUGGAACAUUGCUGCUGGUUGAUGUGGCCGCUGGCACCGUGCUGGAGCAAGUGCCGGCGCACGAGUCGGGAUGUGCCGCCGUUGGAUUGACACCGGAUAUGCGCGGCUGUUAUUCCGGAGGAGCUGACAAAACUGUGAAACUAUGGCAAUUUGAACUUAUUGAUGACCCAUCUGGCGAAUCCAAAGCUAAGGUGUUGUCUCUACUCCACACAAGAACACUUGAACUAGAAGAAAACGUGACCGCAGUCAGGAUAAGCCCCAAUAAUAAAUUUAUUGCUGUUGCCCUACUGGAUUCUACUGUUAAGAUAUUCUUCCUAGACACUUUUAAAUUCUACCUAUCCCUGUAUGGACACAAACUGCCCGUGCUGUCCCUGGACAUAAGCUACGACUCCACAAUCAUAGCCACCGGCUCCGCAGACAGGAACGUCAAGAUAUGGGGCAUGGACUUCGGGGACUGUCACAAGUCGAUAUUCGCUCACAACGACUCGGUCACGGCCCUGCAGUUCGUGCCCAGCACGCACUACUUCUUCACCGGCUCGAAAGAUGGCAAAGUGAAACAGUGGGACGGUGACUCGUAUGAUAACAUUAUAACGCUUAAUGGGCACGCGGGCGCGUGCUACGGGGUGUGGGUGGGCGCGGGCGGGCUGCACGCGGCCUCGUGCGGCGCCGACCGGGCGCUGCGCCUGCUCGCGCGCUCCGACGAGCCGCUCGUGCUCGGCGACGCGGACGAGGCGGACGAGGGGCUCGCCACUGGCGACCAGCACGCAGCUAUCCCAGGUCUUCCAGGCAUCAAUAUACCCACGAAGAAAACUAUAGGCGCUGAGAAAGCAGCUGACUCGAUCCUCGAGUGCCUGUCCGUUGGGGCGGAGUUCCAGCGCGAGGUGGCCGCGAGCCGAGCGCCGGUGCAGCCGCCCGUGCUCAUGGCGGCCUACAACUGCGCCACUGCGGAGGACUUCCUGCUCGAGACCGUGCGCAGGAUACGGUCUAGUGACCUAGAAGAGGCGCUACUAUUGCUCCCGUUCAACACGGCGUGCGAGAUAGUGAAGAUGCUGCCGACGCUGCUGGAGCGCGGCGACCACAGCGAGCUGGUGUGCCGCCUCGCCGCGCGCCUGCUGCGCCUGCACCACGCGCCGCUCGCCGCCACCGGCGCGCUCACCAAGACCCUCAUACAGAUACAGGCCAAGGCCAGCAUGCGCCUCCACGAGCUGCGGGACAUGGUGGGGUACAACGUGCACGCGCUGCAGUGGCUGCGGCGCGAGGCGGAGGCGCGCGAGGCGGAGCAGGUGUUCGCGCGCGCGGGCGACGCGCGCCGCCUGCGCGAGCGCAACGCGCGCCGCCGGCACGCGCUCAAGCGGCCUAUUGUUACUGUCACUUGAAUAAAAUGUUGAUGCUAU